AUGACGGUCGGCAUGGCAUCGACAUCGACCACGACCACGACCACGACAUCAGCUUCAGCAUCAGCAUCGGCCUCGACAUCAGCUUCACCAUCAGCCUCCACAUCAGUAUCGGCCCCACCCUCACCCUCACCACCCAGGCAGAUCUAUUCCGACCAGCAGAUGGAGCAAUACCUAUCAUGGCUCCGCAUGGGAGAUCUCGCCGCCACCAAAGCCGCAGUGCAGGCCGACGCACUGGCGACCUUGACGAGACUGCAGCGAAGAACCAUGGCCAAGAUUCCUUAUGGAAACCUGGCUUUGCAUUACAGCCCAAGACCAAGACCAAGACCAAGUCAAAGCCAAAGCCCAACCCAAACUCCAAUCCAACUGCCUGGCAUUGACACUGGUGCUGGCCUCGGCCUGACCCUCGACCCCGACGCCUUGUACACCAAGCUGGUGGAGCGACGUCUGGGCGGCUACUGCAUGGAGAACAACACGUUUUUCGGCGUCGUCCUCCGAUCCCUGGGCUACCGUUUGUAUCCUACGGGGGCUAGGGUGUCGAAUAUAUCCGUGGCUGCUGGAGACCCGGGGGAGUUUGGAGGCUGGACACACAUGAUCAAUCUGGUCUCGAUCGACGGUCGCAAGUAUCUGGUCGACGUCGGUUUCGGCCGCCAGGGGACCUGUUCCCCGUCACCGCUCGAGCCAGGCCACAUCAUGACCAAUGUCCCGACCUCGCAAACCACUCUGGAAUAUCGGCCUAUCGCGUCCUUUUCCGAUCCGAGCCAAAAAGUCUGGGUGCUUCAGAUCAGAGACAGCCCUGACCACGCUUGGAAAUCCGCCUAUUGUCUCACAGAGGUCGAGUUCCUCCCCCAAGAUUUCCAGGUCAUGAACUAUUACACCAGCACCAGUCGCAUCAGUCACUUCACCUAUCGAUUGAUGCUUUUGAAAUUAGUGCUGAGUGAUGACGACGACGACGACGACAACAGCAACAACGACGACGCUCCUGUUGGCUAUCUCAUUCUAGACGGCAACGAGCUCCGAAGACGUAGCCUUGGUAGGAAGGAAAUUGUCGACGUCUAUCACAGCGAAGAGAGUAGAAUACGCGGUAUGGCCGAAUGGUUUGACAUCCGAUUACAACCAGAAGAAAUUGCCGGAAUUCGAGGAAUGGUCACAGAGCUUCGUGCAGGUGGGAACUGA